GAAAAAACGGGGUCCGUUUUUGUGAUGACCGACCUGAAGCGUCAAGCGUAUAUGUGAUCCCCAAAAUGAUGAUCAAACCCUAAAAUAGACGUGAGUUUUGGGUGCGCGUAUCCGAGAGGAGAGGAGCAGAACAGAGAGCGGGAAUCAUGACCGGAAAGGCGAAGCCGAAGAAGCACACGGCGAAGGAGAUAGCGGCGAAGGCGGACGCGGCUUUGACCAAUCGCGGCGGUGGAUUAGCUGGGCUGGCAGACCGGACGGGUAAGACCAAGGGUGGGCACGCGAGGUUUGAGUGCCCGCACUGCCGGAUCACCGUCCCGAGUCUCACAACCAUGAAGGACCACCACGAUGCCAAGCACCCCAAGAUCGACUACGAUGAAUCAAAGAUCGUUGACCUCCAUGCCAAAUUAGCUGCCGAAGCAUCCAGCAAGCCUAAACCCGGCGUCCGCGGCAGUCUUAAGAAGUGAUCGGGUUCAAUCACUGAAAUUAAAAGCUUCAAUCUGUGUGAUUUACUCUUUUCCGUACUCCGUAUAUAUUAUUGCUGCUAGAAUUUCGCUAAUCAAGUCCUGUGUUAGUGUCUUUUGUCCGGAAGCUCUUGCUUUUGAAUAAUAGUUAUCAUGAUUCAUGAACUUGAUACAUUCUAGUUACUACUGAUUCUAUGCGUUAGUCUUUGUAGUGAUGAUAAGCUACUGAUUAUAAUUCCGUAUUCCCUAGAUUAAGAAAUAACCAUUUUUAUUGCGAUUGAUAAGAUAAGGGUUUG